CUUCAAUGUAAUUGUCAUCCAGUCUCUCCUGCAGAAUAUCAAGCGAUCAUGAGUGCAGUGAAGAACAUCGUGAAGGCGCUAGAGUCUUUCACCAGCUGUGAUGUGGCAGAUGCCCUCACAAAGCUGAAAGUGCCUCACGGAGGUUUCCUGCCAGGCCUGACGAUGUGGUCCCCGAGACGACAAGAAGGCCCAACCAAGAUCAUCGGCCCAGCAUACACAGUCAAAUAUGUCAGGAAGAACUACGAGAAUGACCCCAAACCAAAAGGUCACUACAUCGACACUGUGCCUGAAGGACAUGUGUUGUUCAUUUCGGCUCCUCCAAAGAUGAUCAAUGCAUGCUACGGCGGACUUAUGAGCACACGAGCACAAUAUCUGGGAGCAGCUGGCACAAUCAUUGAUGGCCGGCUGCGAGAUCUCCAAGAGCAUCGCGAUCUCAACUUCCCAGUCUUUGCCAAAGAUGUCGGUACAACAGCACCAGCGGAAGUUGCUCGUGUAAGCGAAAUUAAUGGCCCUGUCCGCUUCAACAGCGAGGAACAAGAUUCAUAUAUCAACCCCGGAGAUAUUCUCAUCGCCGACCUCAAUGGAGUUGUCUGCUUGCCCAAGGAUCUUGCAGAGCAGGCUCUUGACCUCAUUGCUUCCCAAGUUGAGGCUGAUGAGAACGUUGCGAAGGACAUUAGAAAUGGCGUGCUUGUUGGCGAGUCAAUGAAGAAGCAUCGAGCGAACGUGAAGCAGCCCAACUGAAAAAGGUGAAUUGAAGGAGCGUCAUCAAUAUGCCAAUCAAGAUUUGGGUUUGCCCACAUUCCCGAUUCCCAAAUGCAGUUCCACUUUCUUCCGUUAC